AUGUCAGAUGAUCAGAAUGUUAUAAAAUCAGGUAUAGUGGACUUCUUCAAGAAUAUUUUUCAAGAAGAGAAUCAUGCUAGACCUAAUAUGGAUGGGAUGAAUUUCAAUUCAAUUCCCGAUGAUAUGUGUGCUUGGUUAGAAGGGGACAUUGAUGAGGAUAAGGCGCUGAAUGCAAUUAAGAAAAACAAAGAGCCGAGGUUUUUUGGAUUGGAGAUUGAAGAAUACGUUUAUUGCCUUAAUCCCCGAGAGGAUAUUGUGGAUGAGAUUAAAGAUUUGAGACCCGUAAGUCUUAUUAAUAGGGUGUAUAAAAUUCUUUCAAAAGUACUGGCGGAGAGAUUUAAAGUGUAUUUACCUCAUGUGAUAUCCCAACAACAAUCAACUUUUGUUAAGCAGAGGCAAAUUUUAGAUGGAGUCUUGAUUGCAAAUGAGCUGAUUGAUUCCAUAAGGAAAAGUGGUAUUCCUGGAUUGCUAUGUAAAAUUGAUUUCGAGAAGGCCUUUGAUCAUGUAAAUUGGCGAUUUCUUGUUAAAUCUUUGGAGAAGAUGGGUUUUAGCAAUAAAUGGAGAAGAUGUAUACAAUGUUGUGUUGAGCAUGUAAGGUUUUCAGUGCUUGUGAAUGGAAGUGCAAAGGGUUACUUCAAAAGUGAUAAAGGUGAAUCUCUAACUGCAAUGAUUCAUAAAUCUCAAGUUGACGGUCAUUUGAAUGGGUUUAAAGUUUCUGAAAUGGAACUAACUCUUCGUAUCAAUUUUUCCAAGAGCCAUUUGUAUGCAGUUGGAGAUGCAGGUGAUAUGUCUACUUUUACUUCUUUAUUGGGUUGUUAUAAUUCAAUUCUUCCUACUUCUUAUUUGGGACUUCCUCUUGGCGACAAGUACAAAGGCAUUCAUAAGUGGGACAAUGCGAUUGAUAGAUUUAUUUCUAAGCUGGAUGGAUGCAAAAGACCUUUACUUACAAGGGCAGGUAAAAUUGUGUUAAUAAAGAGUGUCUUAUCUAGCUUACCGAUUUAUUAUAUGCUACUCUUUGAAUUUCCUAAAUCUGUUGAGGUCAAAUUAGAAAGAAUAAUGAAAAACUUCUUGUGGCAUGAUAACAAAGGAAAUAGAAAGUUGCAUUUGGUAAAAUUGAAUUCUUGUAACGAUGAUUUAGAAUGGUUAUCAACUUCAAAGAAGAAAUUUUCUGUCAUGUCAAGCUAUGAGCAACGGAUAGAUAUUCCAGCAAUUUGGAGGGGUUUAAUCAUAUUGUAUUUUGAUGUUUUUGUUACUCUUGUACGCGAUUAUGCGAUUAUGUAA